AUGCAUUUGGAGGUAGGAACGUCGAUAAUGUUGUUGAAUUUACCAGAGACGAGGAGUGCAUUAAGCUUCGCAGGUGGUGGUGGAGCCAAUGCUAGGGACGAGAACCAUGCUACUCUUGACGAACUCGACAACCUUGAUGACACGAAUGAUGGUUUGUUCUCUUUAAGGGGCGAUGGUGCUAGUGUUGGCAAGACUGACUGUGCCAACCAACAAACAUCUAUUUUGAAAGUUAAAGUUCUUCUAUCCCUCCAAAGUCAUUAA